AACAACACUUACAAAAUAGCUGUUGUUUUCAUUAAAUCCUACUUGCCAUAGCAAGUUUCUUUGUUACCAUCAUUCAUGCGAUAACCACUGAUGGCUCCAACAGUAAUCCACGUGACCAUUUAUAAGUCGUGACUCACAAACCUCGGAAACAUCCACCCUCCUUUAAUCAAGUCAAUUUUGCGCAAAGUCCGGAAUAAUGUCUCUUGUCAAAAGACCGAAAGAAAAGAAGUCUGGCAAAGGCUGCUGGACGUGUAAGAGUAAGCACUCAUUUCCAAAUCCACAAUUGCCCCGCCAUCUAAUGUUAACCCCACAUUGAUGUUUCCAACCUAACACUUCAUGAAGGCAGGAAAAUUGGAUGUGACAAAGCCAUACCUCACUGCAAUAAUUGCACGAGAACCGGUCGGGUCUGUGAAGGUUAUGGUGUCAAACUUCAUUGGCCAGAAUCGGGCGAUGGACGGAGGCCGGUUCAUUCUUGGGAAAACGAAUCUUAUCGUCCUGCGCAAAGAUCUCUGGCGCCUCCAACACGUGAAAAAUAUCAAUUUCUCAAUUCGACCUUUACUGAUUUAGAAGUUGCCUCAGAGUUUAAGCAAAGAUGCUAUUCCACAUAUCAGUAUAUGUCGAGCCCUCAGAAAAGUUUGAAGUUUGGAUAUGAAACUACUCUUGAGUCACGGGAUGCAACACUGUUGUCUUAUUGUAAGAUGAAGAGUUUGUCUUCUAAAGAUAAAGCAUAUUGACAAGGCUAUGCAGACACUGAAGUUCUCUCUCGUAUGAUCACAACUAUUGAUGAUAGUUUGAACGGUUUUCGAAAUUACUUGCUCCCAAACGCACUUGCAGACCGCUACCUUUCCUGCCUGAGCCUGCGAUAUGCAAUCCUUGCUGUGUCAGCAUAUCAUUUAUGGGGGAGUGAUGCUGCAGUACAAUACAAGAUUUCUGCAAUACGAGUUCUCUCACAGUCUAUCCAAACAGGAGGAGGCGGACGUCGAGGGCAAUUUGCCACAUGCAUGAUGCUUUGCGUGGGUGAUGUAAGUGAGAACACAUAUCUAAGCUGCCAUCACUGUAAACCUAAGCUUGCUAACUUAUGGACAGGUUUUUGACGGGCUAGAUGGAAGCUGGCUUACACAUUUAAAGGCUGCAAGAGCCAUCGGAUUGACAAUGACGAAAGAUCACUUCUUGAAUACUUGGCUCUUAUAUCACGAUGUUCUAGCAGAUUUCAGUCAGGGAACGGGACAGAGAAAAUCGAUAAGUAAUACAUUUCUCGGGGCUCCGAGCGCGAAUCCUGAGAACAAAAUUGUAUGUUACACGCAGAAAUCAAAAACAUUUAGCUAACAUCAGCAGAUCAUUGGAUCUUUGGGGUGCUCGUUAGAAGUCCUCGAAUGCAUAUCGUGCAUCAAUGAGCUUUCUAGAAUACCUGAAGAACAAGGGGAAUAUCGGGACUUUGCGCAAGGGCUAGUGAAACAACUUGAAAGUGCCCAGCAAAUCUCCGCAAUCAUGGAAGACGACACCACCGGCAAGAUUGAUCAGAUUAAAAUAGAAAAUACUGCCGAAAUUUACCGGCUGGGAGCUCUCAUAUAUCUCCAUUCGGUGCUUUCGAUACCUUCCAACUCCGAUGUGAUACAGGACCUGGUGAGCAAGGCUUUGGCCAUUCUUACUAGAAACGGUGUCUGCACAAGUCCUUGGCCAUUAUUUAUCACAGCGUGCGAGAUUGUGUCUGACGAGCAAAGGAUUCAAAUCCUAGAUGCUUUGGAAGAUAUGCAGAGUGAAAGGAGAAUAGGAAAUCUAGAAAUAGUGAGAGGGAUUAUAGAAACCGUGUGGAAGCAAAUGGAUUUGGCGGAAGGUAAUGUCGUAAGUAAGAGAAUCGAUUGGAGAAAAUUAAUUGAUAUGCGGAAACGGACACCUUCCUUUAUUUGAAAAUAUAGAUAUUUAUCAUGUACGAAUGCACUCACACAAAAUGAAAAUAAUUCC